GCGUGUCGUGGGACUCCACUCAGAAUUCCCAGAUUCCCACACACACUGAGCUCUGCAGUAGCCAUGCCAACCACCGUGCUGGGAUUGCUGGGAGUUUUGCUCUGUGCCCUUGCCAUUAGUUCUGGUGUCACGCCACAGCCCGACUUCAACAUCAAGAGGAUGGCUGGGAAAUGGUACCUGAUUGGUAUUGCCACCAGUGAUGAGUGGUUUGUCACCUGUAAGGCAGACAUGAAGAUGGGAGUCGCCAUGCUGACUCCGACUGAUGAAGGAGAUCUGGAGAUGGCAUAUUCUAGUCUCAAUCCUGAUGGCACAUGCUGGAGGAUGAACCAAUUUGUUAAUAAGUCUGAUUUUCCUGGAAUAUUCAGCCUCCACAGUGAACGUAAGGAAGAUAUGAUCACCUAGACAUGAAAUGCAGUAUAGUGGCUUAUAGAGGACUCAAAUGAAAAA